AAAGAAGGUAUUUUAUUUGUGCAGGAAGGGUCGUAUAUGCAGACGCACUCACUCACCACUUCAUUGCAGACACUGCUGGAGAAUCUGCUAACCCCGUGUCAGCUCAUUAUGUGUCCUGAUGCCGUGGUGGUGGACUGUCGACCGUAGUGAAGAGUGUGAGAGCAGUGAUAUGGAGACCGGGCCCUCGACCCCCAGCGGUCCUGCUGUGGUGUUUGGCCUGCAGAGACUCUCUUUUGCCUACCAGGGCCUCUUGGAGAUUCCCUAUGACACUAUUCUUCAGCAACAGGACACGCUGGAGGUUCUGGACCUUAGUUACAACUUGCUGGAUGAGAACCCGGCUCUUUUGGGCGGUUUGGAGAAGCUCAGCACACUCAUCCUGGACUGCAACAACUACAGCGCACAUGUCAAAUUCCCCUACAUGCCCAGCCUCACCACCCUGUGGAUCAACAAGAACAAAAUCAGCAACCUGCCCAUCAUUGUGGAGGAGAUCUGCUGCAAGUUCCCAAAUAUCAAAAUUCUCAGUAUGAUGAACAAUGAAGCAGCGCCCAGUUACUUUAAUGGAGGCAGUCUCACACAGUAUAUGGAUUACAGGCAGUAUGUGAUAAGCCAGAUCCCCAGUCUAGAGGUGCUGGAUGACACAGAGGUGCAGGAGAAAGAGCGUGAAGUGGCCCGAAAGACCUACAGGAUGCAGAGAAUCAGAGAAGGCAGCAGGAGGAGGAAGGAACUUCAUCGCUAACACUAUUCAUAUCACACGCUUCCUCCAGGCCGCAGGCCAAGCAACUUAUAAUCAACAACAACCAAAGCACUCAUUCUAGACUUCAUGAGCUUCAAAGCCUGCUGACAGGAAGUGAAUUUACUCAUGCACCAGAUCAUCAAAAAAUUACUGUCUUCUUUCUUUUUAGAACAAAUAAUAUUUUUUUCAUUUUUUGUUUUUGUCUAAGCUACAGCAAAUAAAUGUGAAAUG